AUCCGUUUUCAAUCCAGCCUCGUCUGAAUGUUGUGUUAACCAACUGACUCCAGCAGAUGGCAGCAGUGAGACGCGUGGCAGCGUGUGAUUGUCCAGACGCCUGACCAAAAUCCAUCUAGGGUCCAUAAUUCUGCCGGAGUGUCGAUUCACAGCGUAAUCCUGUUUUCCAUUAAAGGCAGAACAUCGGGGGCGUGUGUGGACCAAAAUUACGAUGGAAAAUUGCAGAUUUGGACAACAAUCCAGCUUCGAUGCCUCUGUGAAGAAAAAGAGCGAAGAAGAGCAGCAGCUGCUGGUGCUUAAAGAAGAGGUUCCUGAUGUGAGCAGUUCCAGUUUGGACCAGCAGAACCUCACAUGUUACCAGGUGAAGAAGGAAGAGGAAGAACAGUGGAUCAGUCAGGAGGUAGAGCAGCUUAUUGUGAAGAAAGAAGAAGAGAAACCUCAGUUGCCAGAAGUUCAUCCCAUCAAAAGUGAAGACAGCAGAGAUACAGAAGCUCCAACCAGCAGCUCAGCUGAACAGAUGAAAACAGAAUCUGAUGGAGAGAUCAGUGGAGGACCAGAACCUUAUAGAGAGCCGGAUCCAAGUACUAAUUCACAACCAAAUAUUGAAGAAAAGUAUUCAGCUUCUGAGACUGAAGUCAGUGAUGAAGGUGAAGAUGACAAUAUAUCCUGUUCUGGAUCUGAAAAUGAAGACAGUGAUGAAGAUUGGAGGGAACCCAGAACACGUCAGUCUGGUGUAAACAGCAAAGUGGGACGAAAAGCUGCCAAGAAGGCCUUCAGCUGCACUGACUGCGGUAAACAGUUUGUGAGGAAGCAGAUGUUCCAGAAACAUCUGGCAGAUCAUUCAGGAGAAAAGUCUUCCAGCUGUUCGGUUGAGAAGAAUCACUCUAGAGGGAAGAAAAACGGUGAUGCACAGAUGGGACUCGAAACAGACAGAAAAUCCUUUUCUUGUGACGAUUGUGGUAAAACAUUUCAGAAUCCUUAUAGUCUUAAAUGUCAUAUGAGGAUCCAUAGUGGUGAAAACUUAGUUGUUUGUAAAGAUUGUGGUAAAAGCUUCCACUCUCUAGAUCAUUUUAAUUAUCACCUGAGAGUCCACACAGGAGAAAGACCCUUUGCCUGUGAUAAAUGUGGCAAAACAUUUAGCCAUAAAUAUGGCCUUAAGAUUCACAUGACAAGCCAUACAGGAGAGAAACCAUUUCAGUGUGAGCUAUGUCAUAAAAAGUUUACCUCAAAUGGCGGUCUGAAGAACCACAUGACAAUCCAUAUUGGAGAAAAACCAUUUGCAUGCAGCGACUGUGGCAGAUGUUUCAGACUUAAGAGUGAUCUAAAAGGCCACAUGAUAACCCACUUCGAUGUAAAACCAUUUAUCUGUGGGUACUGUGGUGCCAGUUUUACUCGGAAACAAAGUCUGGUUUGGCAUGUUAGACUUCACACUGGCGAGAAACUCCUGUCCUGUGACAAAUGUGAUAAAAAGUUUGCCCGGAAGUCUCACCUUUAAAGACAUAUCCUGGUCCAUGGGGGAAAGAAGAAACCGGUUUCAAAAAAAACAAUCAAAAACUUUUCUUGUAAGGAAUGUGGAAAAAGAUUUCUUGAAAAUUAUCAAGUAAAACGACACAUGGUUAUUCACGUCGGAGAGAAACCAUUUAGCUGCAGUCUUUGUUCAAAGAAGUUUGCACGAGCAGAAGGUGUAAAGAUGCAUAAUAAAAGAAUUCACUUUAAAUAGAGAUUUCACACUGAAAAGAAGUUUGGAAACACUCACUAUAAAACUUACCAUUAAAAAAAGUGAUCAAUUUAUUGUUUCUGUAAAGCAUCUGAAGGACAAAAUGUAACAAAAAUAUGUAAAAGAAUUAAAUAAAGUCCCCAAUUUUUAAAGUUUAUUUUAUGUCAAACAUAUAUGGAGGCCAUUUUUCAUAAAGCUUAAUUAUUUCUAUGCUUGGACAUAACACUCUGUUAAUAACCAGCUUCUUCAGCAAUGACGUUUUGAGGUUUACCCUCCUUAUGGACAGUUUCCGUGUCUGUUUUCUGAACGCCAGUCCAGUCAGCAAAAAAAAACUACACAUCCCCGUGAAUGUGUAGUUCACUAAUCCAGACUGUGGAUUAGUGAAUCCACAGUCUGGACCACAAAAACCUUAGUGGGUUUUUGGAAUUAAUUCAGUAAUUCAUGUGAGACACCAUGAACCUUUAAAAUUGAACUACUUUGCAAUUUUCUGAGACACUGAAUUUUGGGUUGUCAUGAUCUGUAAGUUCAUUGCAAUUACUAGAAAUAAAUGGUUUAAAUAUUUCAUUCUGUGUAAGGAAUUUACACUUGACUCACUUAUACUUGUGUCAAGGUGUAAGUGAGUUACCUGUCUUGAAAUAACUGACUAAAAUAUUCAACUUUCACUUUAAGAACAUCUGAAUAUUGUAUUAACCAAUUGACUCCAGCAGACGGCAGCAGUGAGACACCUGGCAGUGUGUGGUUGUGCAGAUGCCUGACCAAAAUCCAUCUAAAAUUCAUAACUAUCUAAAUCUACCGGAGUGUGAGCUUUUCGAUUCACAAUGGAACCCUAUUUUCCAUUAAAGCCAGAAUAUCGAGGGCGUGUGUGGACCAAAAUUACGAUGGAAUGUUGCAGAUCUGGAGAACAAUCCAGCUUUAUAGUCAUUUGUGGUCACAUGACCAUAAAUGUCACGAGAGUUUUCUAAUCAAUGUAGCACUAUAUUUAAGUUUAAUCACGGUUUUUUUUUUUGUUGUUUUGGUUUAAUCGCAUAAAUUCCUGGCAUUUGGGGGGUUUAAUUUGUCCCACACAGACAUCUUUUGCUCGCACAAUUUAUGGAACAUGCAGGAGAGCAGACAAAUGCAAUCUACAUCACCUUUAGUGGCGUUUUUAAAUGAACUCCUGCAGAGCGGCAAGACAUAACAGUGUGCUGCUAUUAAGCGAUGGUGCGCUGAAGUUAUUUGAUUAUCCUGGACCUCAAAAUUCCUGUUGCCGUUGUAGAAUAUUUUGAAUCUAUACUUUUACUAUUUUAAUUUUAGAUAUUUUUUAGAUAUUCCAAAUAUUUGACGAGCAAUGUCUUAUCUUUGGGUCUCAGGUUUUGUAAAUCACAUUGCAAAGUACAGUGUUCUACGACUCUGUAUUGUUGUUUUUAUUAUGUAAAGCACUUUGAAAUCCCUUCAUGCUGAAAUGUGCUCUAAAUAAUAUUUGAAUGAUUGUUUGCACGUGUAAAUUAUUAAAUUUGCAUAUCCCACUCCCAGUUUUUUGCGCUUUCUGAAAUAUUUUGCACAUUCAUGAAGGCAGACCCACAAAAUGUAUUGCGCCUGCUACUCUCCUCAUUUUACUGAUGAUUUUGAUGAUUUUGCCGUGUUUGUUCAUGCAAACCGUUAGAAGAUGUAGAGCUUGUUAACAGGAUAUAUUUUGACAGUGUUCACAUACAUUGCACUGGACCGUAACUAUAUGACAGCUUUACUAAUCCGCUAGGUACGACGUUAAUCCUUGAUGAACUCCUCAGUUAUAACUAUGGGAAUGACUAAUUAUGUUGUAGUAUGUAUUAUUAUUGUUUGAAACAGUUAAAAGACUUUCACAGCCACCUCUAAAGUGAACAAAAUAGUGAAACUAAACCUUCUGGUAUCUCUACAGGUAAAUUAAGGCAUUU